AUGGUUCAUUAUGCACUUUUUCUCCAGGCAUUCAGUUAUACAAUCAAGUAUCGAAACACAAAGAAUCAUGGCAAUGCCGAUGCACUUUCACGGUUACCACUAGCAGUUGACAAGGACUGUGAGUACUUGACUGAAGCAGACGUGACAAAUAUUUCGCAAGUUGAAUUAAUGCCUGUUACAGCAACUGACAUAGCUAGAGCUACUAAAAAUGAUAGGAAAUUGUUCGAACUGUAUGAAAGUUUAAAAUCUGGAACUGAAUUACCUGUGCCUUGGAAAAGUAGAGAAUCUGAAUUUUCAUUGCAAAAUGGUUGCAUAAUGUAUGGUCAUAGAGUACGCAUUCCUGAAAAGUACCAGAAUCAAGUUUUGGAAGAACUUCAUGUUGGACAUCCUGGAAUUGUCAAAAUGAAGGCCUUAGCUAGAAGCUAUUGCUAUUGGCAAGGUAUUGAUGCCAGUAUAGCCAAUUUUGUUCAGAACUGUUCAGCUUGUAUCGCAACGAGGAACGAACCAGCAAGGAUAAAUCGACAUCCGUGGGAAUGGCCAAAUGGACCUUGGCAAAGGAUACACGUUGACUACGCUGGUCCUUUUAUGGGGAAAAUGUUUUUUGUAGUCUCUGAUGCAUAUUCGAAGUGGAUAGAAGUCAUUCCGAUGAAAAAUAUUACAGCUAGUUUUACAAUUCAUCAUCUUCGUAUCCUUUUUGCUCAUUAUGGAAUUCCCUUAACUUUGGUUAGUGAUAACGGCGCAAGUUUUACUAGUUACGAAUUUCGACAUUUUUUGAAACUGCAUAAUAUUAAACAUAUAACUUCAGCACCUUACCAUCCUGCUACGAACGGACAGGCAGAAAGAAUAGUGCAGUUGUUCAAAGCUUCGUUGAAAUCGAGUAGAGGUGAUUCUGGAGAUCUAAAUGUGAAAUUACAAAGAUUUUUAUUACAGUAUAGAAUAACUCCACAUUCUCUCACGGGAGAAACUCCGAGUGCCUUGUUUUUGAAGAGAUGUAUUCGCACUAGGCUUGAUCUUUUUAAACCAAAUUUGAGAGACAAAGUUGUUCAGAAACAGAGUUCGAGACUUGGCACAGAAUCUAUCUUGCGUGAGUUUCAGGAAGGGGAGAAAGUAGCCGUAAGAAAUUAUUCCGGACCUAACAAAUGGAAAAUUGGAACAAUUAUAAACCGAGAUGGAACUUUGAGUUAUAGCAUACAAGUUGGAACUGAAAUUUGGAAGAGACACGUAGAUCAAAUAAGGAAAUGUGGGAAGUCGAUUGAAUUAUCCCAAGCUGCUACUGAAAUUCCAAUUUACGAUAAAGAAUUGAAUUUUCCAGAUGAGCCAGUAUCCGAUGAUGUUGCUGAAUCGGAACCGCCUGCACCUGUACCUGAAGUUUCCCCUGAACCUAAGGAUGUACCUGUAUCUGCCACUCCAAGUGAUGAUAUGCCACCUAGCCCUGUACCAGACGCUUCCGGAAAGACGAAAACUGAUGUGCCACUCCGACGCUCAAACCGAAUCAGGAGACCUCUAGAGAGACUCCACCUGUGA